AAAUUUUUAUAACCAGGGUGGAUCGGAGGAUUUAAUGAAUGGAAAUGGUGUCUACUUGACAUGGGAGGAUGUGUGGGUGAGGGUUUCCAAUGGGAAAGGUGGAACACGAGCAAUCCUGCAGGGGCUCACCGGAUACGCUCAACCGGGUGAGCUCUUGGCCAUCAUGGGUCCUUCUGGUUGCGGCAAGUCCACCCUUCUCGAUACCUUGGCAGGGCGUCUUGGUUCAAACACAAGGCAAUCAGCAGGAGAGGUGCUUGUCAAUGGCCGCAAACAAAUGCUGGCGUUUGGCACUUCGGCGUACGUGACUCAAGACGAUACACUAAUGACCACAUUAACGGUGAGAGAGGCCGUAUACUACUCAGCCCAGCUGCAACUGCCCGAUUCGAUGUCAAAAUCUGAGAAGAAGGAGAGAGCAGAGACGAGCAUUAGGGAGAUGGGCUUGCAAGAUGCCAUGAAUACCAGGAUAGGAGGGUGGAGUGUGAAAGGACUUAGCGGUGGCCAAAAGAGGAGAGUGAGCAUUUGCAUAGAGAUCUUGACUCGCCCCAAGCUUCUCUUCCUCGACGAACCCACGAGCGGCCUUGACAGUGCCGCAUCGUUCCAUGUCAUGAAUCGAAUCGCCAAACUCGUACGGCACGAUGGAAGGACUGUAAUCGCUUCCAUCCAUCAGCCCAGCACUGAAGUGUUUGGGCUUUUCGACAAUCUCUGUCUUCUCUCCUAUGGAGCAACGGUUUUCUUCGGUCCUGCUUCUCAAACCAAUGAGUUCUUCGUUCUAAAUGGAUUCCCAUGUCCAACUUUGAUGAACCCAUCAGAUCACUUCCUCAGAACAAUCAACAAAGACUUUGAGCAGGAUAUCGAACAAGGUCAUGGUGCCAAGACUCUAACCACAGAGGAAGCCAUUAAAGUCCUUGUGGAUUCAUAUAAGACAUCUGAAACAUACCAGCAAGUUCAGAGAUGGGUGUCUCAGUUACGCAACAGGGAAGGAGCAGUGGUGAAGAAGGGGAGCCAAGCAGGAUUCCUUACUCAGUCCCUUGUUCUCACAAGAAGAUCCUGUGUGAAUAUGUUUCGUGAUCUAGGAUACUACUGGUUGCGGUUUGCCAUCUACAUUGCACUCUGCUUAUGUGUGGGCACAAUCUAUUAUGAUAUUGGUCACACUUAUGGAUCAAUUCAGGCAAGAGGUUCAAUGCUCAUGUUUGUAGCUGCAUUCUUAACAUUUAUGGCUAUUGGUGGAUUCCCUUCUUUUGUUGAAGACAUGAAGAUCUUCCAAAGGGAGAGAUUAAAUGGGCACUAUGGUGUGGGUGCAUUUGUUAUUGGCAAUACACUUUCUUCCAUUCCUUACUUGAUUAUAAAUUCUCUGAUCCCCGGGGCAAUUGCUUAUUAUCUUGUGGGUCUUCAAGGAGGAAUUGAACACUUCGUCUUCUUUGCGUUGGUGCUUUUCAUGUGCAUAAUGUUGGUAGAGAGUUUAAUGAUGAUCGUUGCGAGUAUCGUACCCGAUUUCCUAAUGGGAAUUAUUACUGGAGCUGGGAUUCAAGGAGUGAUGAUGUUGAAUGGUGGAUUCUUUAGGUUGCCGGAUGAUCUCCCUAAACCUGUUUGGAAGUAUCCCAUGUACUACAUCGCCUUCCAUAAGUAUGCCAACCAAGGAUUCUACAAGAAUGAGUUUGAAGGGUUAACAUUUCCUAAUAACCAAGCAGGAGGAUCAUCCAGCAUCAUCACUGGAGAUCAAAUUUUGAGAAAUAUAUGGCAAGUGGAGAUGGGGUAUUCUAAGUGGGUUGAUUUUGCAAUCUUGUUUGGUAUGGUGCUUCUGUAUCGUUUCAUGUUCUUUGGUAUUAUAAAGACCAUUGAAAAGGUUAAGCCAAUUAUAAGAGGUUGUCAGGCUGUCCCUCCUAAGGAAACAACCCAUCUCGUUGUGGAUUCCUCAAAAGAGAGAGAGAGAGAGAGAGAGAGAAACAAAGUUGUAAUCAAAUGUUGCUCUUUUAAUUUGUAAUAGGUUUAAGGUGUCGUUAUCUUCAGCUUUUGGGUAGUUACUUUGUAAUUA